GACAAAUCACAAAAGGUCUAACCACAGAGAAGCGGACUUACCUGUUAGCUGUUCAUCAUGCUCGUCUUCGCCUUCAUUGCCGUGCUGGCAGCUGGAGCUUAUGCUGGAGCUCUCGACAGUUACGGCCUCACUCCCUCUGCCUAUGGCCACGGGUACAGCGCUGUUCCCGCCUACGGACAUCGAUACGGCGUUGCUGUAGCUGCCCCAGCCUAUGGCCACGCCCCUGCCUACGGGGCGGCGUACACUGCGCCCGUGGCAAAGAUCGCUGCCCCUGUAGUGGCGUCUUCAUACACCACCGUGACGAAGUCGGUUGGCGCUCCCAUUCCUGUCGCUAAGGUUGCCGCUCCCGUAGCCGUCGCGGCGCCUGCUUACGGCCAUGCAUACGCAGCUCCGGCGUAUGGACAUGAUUAUGGGUACGGGGCGGUUUAUUCUGCCCCCGCCGGAUACGGCAAACUAUAUUAGGCAGAAACCCCAGGGAUGAUAACGAUGAUCUAAAGAUGGCAUUGUAAGUUAGCGCUGACAAUAAAUGGCAAUGAACGUUCAAUUUAGUGUUA